AUGGAAGCGACCACGUACACCCUUCGAGGAUACGGCUGGCCAUUUGUUAACGAGCAACCCAUCACCUUCGAGCAGCGGUUGCCGUGGGUGCGCGUCUGCGCGAACUGCAGGGUGGUUGCGGACGAUGCGGUGCAGCUUCCCUGCCGUCACACCUUGUGUGGUCGAUGCCUCAAAGACGCUUGCGAUGGCCACAGCUGCGAACACAGGCACCGUUUCGGCCGGUGUCCUCUCGACGGUGGAUACUUCUUGGAGGAAGACGCCGUCGACGUGUACUUCCCUCUAGAGCAUCUUAUGGCCCUGCCGGUGCGCUGUUUCCAUGCCAGUCUGGGCUGCCCGUUCAACGGAGUACUUGGAGAACUUCAGCAUCACCUGCGGGAAUGCAUCUUCGGAGUUGGUAGCAUCGCUGGCGCCUAG